GUUCAAGGGGAAGGUAGAGGAUUGAAGCAAACGAGGGUCAAUAACUUGUUCGCGUAGCUGUAGUUAUAACAGUUUAUAACAAUUUGGCCUCGCUUUAACCUCUGCAGACAGACAACAGUGUAACAAACCGUAGCUAACAGCCUGCGGACAGCCAUGGACGACGUGACAGGAGCUCAGCUGAUAGCUGAGUCUCUGAAGGCUCAGAAAGUGGAGUACAUGUUUGGGAUCGUUGGCGUUCCUAUCAUGGAAGUGGCCAUGGCUGCUCAGGCUGAAGGGAUCAAAUAUGUGGGAAUGCGUAAUGAACAAGCGGCAUGCUAUGCAGCAUCUGCUGUUGGAUACCUCACUGGAAGACCAGGUGCCUGCCUGGUGGUGUCUGGACCUGGACUCAUUCAUGCUCUGGGUGGAAUGGCCAACGCUAACAUCAACUGCUGGCCGGUGGUUGUUAUUGGAGGCUCCUCGGAUCGAAACCAGGAAACAGCAGGAGCCUUUCAGGAGUUUCCUCAAGUGGAAGCAUGUCGCCUUUAUAGCAAGUUCUCUGCAAGGCCCAGCAGUCUGGAAGCCAUCCCCUCAGUGAUAGAGAAGGCAGUUCGCACAAGCAUGUAUGGGCGUCCAGGUGCUUGUUAUGUGGACAUUGCAGGGGACAUGGUCAAUGCUAAAGUGGACAGGAGCACAGUCAGAGUUGUGUCCUGCUGUCCAGCUCCACCAGUCAGUUUGGCUCCCCACGGUGCAAUCACUGAAGCCAUCUCUGUCUUGAAAGCAGCUAAAAGACCGUUAGUCAUCAUCGGCAAAGGAGCAGCCUAUGGUCGAGCAGAAACUGCUCUGAGGGAGUUUGUGGGAAUGAGCGGUCUGCCAUUUCUGCCUACCCCCAUGGGGAAAGGGGUCCUACCUGAUGAUCAUCCCAACUGUGUGGCUGCUGCCCGCUCGAGAGCUCUUCUCCAGGCUGACGUUGUGCUUCUGCUUGGAGCCAGGCUGAAUUGGAUUCUGCAUUUUGGUCUGCCACCUAGAUUUGAUCCUGGUGUCAAGAUCAUCCAGGUUGACCUUUGUGCUGAGGAGAUGGGGAACAACGUGAAACCUGCUGUUGCUCUCCUGGGAGACAUCAACGCUGUUGUCACUCAGCUCCUAGAGGGUGUGCAUAAAGAUGGCUGGAAAUAUCCCUCUGACACAGAGUGGUGGAGCACACUGAAGAACAAAAUCGCUGCUAAUGCAAAAAUAUCUAAGGCACUCGCUCUUCAGUCAACGAUGCCCAUGAACUACUACACAGUGUUUCACCACAUUUCCCAGCUGCUGCCACAUGACUGUAUCAUUGUCAGCGAGGGUGCAAACACUAUGGAUAUAGGACGCACUAUGUUGAACAACUACCUACCUCGACACAGGUUGGAUGCUGGAACAUUUGGAACAAUGGGAGUUGGCCUUGGCUUUGCUAUAGCUGCGGCUGCUGUGGAGAGGGGCGAGAAUAAAAACCAAAGGAUAGUGUGUGUGGAAGGAGACAGUGCCUUUGGAUUUUCUGGCAUGGAGGUUGAAACCAUGUGCAGGUAUAAUCUGCCUGUGGUCAUCAUUGUGGUCAACAAUAAUGGUAUUUACAGUGGAGUGGAUCCUGAGACGUGGAAAGAAAUGGUAAAAAUGGGAGAUCUGACCUCUAUAGCCCCUCCUGUGACCCUGCUACCUGAGGCGUGCUAUGAUGAGGUCAUGACAGCAUUUGGAGGUCGAGGGUUCCUGGUGAGGACGGUGGAGGAGCUGCGCAGUGCUUUGCAGCUUAGCCUGAGUGACUGGGAGAAACCAAGUCUCCUAAAUGUGCUCAUUGACCCGUCCUCCGACAGAAAACAGCAGGAGUUUCCUUGGCUCACACGCUCCAACUUAUAGACUGAAAGAAGGAGCUGCUUUUUCAUCUGUCCAGAACAUUAUCAGAAGAGCAGUGACUGUUUUCCUCAGGAAACGCAAACAGGGGAAAAUAUAAAACUGCUUUUGGUUUUACUGUGAUUGUUUCUAUGAAAUAACUGAACUUUUUUGUAUUAGUUCCUACUACAAAGUAAUAGUAAAUUUAACAAAAUGAUUAAUACAACAAUAAAACAUUUUUA